AUGUGUGAGACAGUGAAUGACUCGGCGUUAUCGCCAACGGAGCCUCAGGUGCCUGAGCUCUCGCGGUCUAUGAUUAGCCACCGGCGUGACUCUAUGCGAAGCAGUUAUAGCGUUGUCUCAGAUGUAGAGAUGGCUCGCCAUGAGGUUUUUGAUGGACCCAUCUCAGAGAGCAUUCCAUCAAGUGUCGUUUCUUUCUCCCAUCGUCGCAACCGGAAGGACUCGGUGGUCAGUUUUACGUACUUCCGUGAUGAAGAAGACUUUGUGGAGUGGCCAGAUGAAGAUGCCGUGGACGCUGAGAGCGAAGCCGAUAAUUUGGUCGUAGGUGAUGUUAGUCCGCCAAAUAGAUCUGUUAGAUCAUCAUUCAGGUCAAAGCGACCGUCAUUUUCUAGAGGUUCCGCCGAAGACCCCCUCCUCCCUGGCCGGCAUCUUUCUGUUAGUUCGUAUGCGCAGGACCGACGGCUUGAUAGCAGGCUCAACCAGAAAAUAUAUAUUGAAUCGGAGGAUUUAACGUUUGUGAUCGCCGGAUUUUCAACCAAAUUCUCUGGUUUAGUUCUAUACUCUCUGUUAUGUGUCCUGUCCCUUGGCUUCGCCUAUCUCGUGUUUCGAUGGUUUCCAAGAUGGCGUGUACGAUUGACAGGGAAACCCACGCCACUUCGCAUUUGUCAAUGGGUUGCCAUUGAGGACCAAUGGAAUCAAUUCAGCGUAUGCCAGGUUCGCGGUCAAGCUUAUGGGCGGCCGCUUUCUAGUGUAUUUGCAGACCCAGACAGUCAUUCCUUUGAUGAAGAAAAUGACCCCACCAUAUCGUUCUUACGUUACAUUGACUUUAGAUACCUUCGGUUCUUUUACCAUCCUCUGGAAGACAAGUUCUGCCUAAUAAGCGGUUGGAGAGACCCUUUGUGGACAAAUGCGAAAGUGAUGCGAAGCGGACUAGAUGCCGAUGAUCGUGAUAGUCGAGAGCAGAUUUUUGGCAAGAAUCUGGUUGACAUUCAGCAGAAACCAUUGCUUCAGCUUCUCAUGGAUGAAGCCUUUCACCCAUUUUAUAUGUUCCAACUUGCGAGCCUCGUUCUUUGGUCUUUGGAUGAAUAUUACUACUAUGCUGUUUGUAUAUUCCUUAUCUCUGUCUUCAGCAUUGGCGCAACCGUAAUUGAGACCAAGUCUACUAUGAGUCGCCUGAGGGAGAUUUCCUUGUUCGAGUGUGACAUUCGUGUGCUUAGGAAUGGGUUUUGGAGGUCGGUUCCCUCUCGAGACCUUGUCCCGGGUGAUGUAUUCGAAUUCUCCGAUCCAUCGCUUAGCCAAGUCCCUUGCGACUGUAUCUUACUGUCAGGUGACUGCAUCGUAAAUGAGAGCAUGCUCACAGGUGAAUCCGUACCCGUGUCCAAGACCCCAUUAACAGACGAUGCACUUAAGUAUCUUAAUCUGAACGCCCCCUCUGUCCAUCCAAACAUAGCAAAACAUUUCCUUUUCGGUGGAACAAAAGUCAUCCGAGCACGGCGCCCUCAUAAUGUUGAUGAUGACGAUGCCAUUGCUCUAGCAAUUGUUGUCCGAACGGGAUUUUUGACAACUAAAGGCGCAUUAGUUCGCUCUAUGCUUUUCCCAAAGCCCUCUGGCUUCAAAUUCUAUCGAGAUUCAUUCCGUUACAUAUCUGUUAUGGCAAUGGUCGCUAUUCUAGGAUUUGUGGCCUCCCUUUUCAACUUUAUCCGACUAGGUCUCUCCUGGCAUUUGAUCAUUGUCAGAGCUCUCGAUUUGAUAACAAUCGUUGUUCCACCUGCUUUACCUGCUACGCUGACAAUUGGUACGAACUUUGCACUUUCGCGGUUGAAAAAUCAAAACAUUUUUUGCAUUAGUCCACAGAAGGUAAAUGUCGGCGGUAAAUUAGACGUGAUCUGUUUCGAUAAAACAGGAACCCUAACUGAAGAUGGAUUGGAUGUUCUUGGGGUGCGGACUGUAAAUCGAGAAAUGAGGCUAUCAGACUUGCUCUCGGACGUGACUCUAGGGUCUCCCUCAGCUUCAACAUUUGAUGCUUCCUACGACCGCAAGAAGCGUGAUGUUUUAGCCUACAUCAUGGCCACCUGCCACUCGUUGAGAAUUGUGGACGGCGAGCUUUUAGGUGACCCUCUUGACGUGAAAAUGUUUCAAUUUACUGGCUGGUCUUACCAGGAAGGCGGCAGCCAUGGUACUGAACAGCCAGAUUCCAAAUUUGAAACAAUAAUGCCGCCCAUUGCAAAGCCACCUGCCCCUUCAGAGAAUCUUCGCCAGAGCAAUUUCACUGCACCACUUGAACUUGGUAUUUUACGGAAUUUUGAAUUUGUCUCUGAACUUCGACGCGCGAGCGUUAUUGUAAGGCAAUUUGGUGACAAUGGUGCUAGCAUCUUCGUCAAGGGUGCACCAGAAAGCGUCAGAGCCAUAUGCCUUCCCGACAGUCUGCCUCAAGACUUUGAAGAUAUACUGAGCCAGUACACCCACAAAGGUUAUAGGGUUAUUGCCUGCGCCGCUAGAUACGAACAGAAGUUGAGCUGGAUGAAAGUGCAAAAAAUGACUCGCGGAGAUGCUGAAAGUGAUCUGGAAUUUGUUGGCUUCAUUAUAUUUGAAAACAAGCUGAAACAAGCAACCACUGAGACUAUUACUGAAUUGAACCAAGCAGGAAUACGGAAUGUCAUGUGCACUGGAGACAAUAUACUUACCGCAGUUAGUGUCGCUCGUGAGUGUGGAAUGGUCAGCAAAAGCGAGCAAUGCUUUAUACCGCACAUUGUAGAAGAUCGUUCCCAUGGUCUGGCAUCUUCACUUUGCUGGGAGAAUGUAGAUAAUCCAGCAUUGAAGCUUGAUCCAAGCACACUGAUGCCUUCUGUGAAUUCAACGGAUUUGGACUUGUCUAUACCUGUCAAUGUCUUUAAUAUACACAAUUUCUCGCUUGCGGUCAGCGGAGAGGUAUUUAGAUGGAUUUUGGACUUUGGCGAUGAGACUGUACUUCAACGAAUGCUUGUGCGAACCAAAGUGUUCGCUAGAAUGUCACCUGAUGAAAAACAUGAACUUGUGGAGAAACUUCAGUCACUUGAUUAUUGCUGUGGGUUUUGUGGCGAUGGUGCCAAUGACUGUGGCGCGUUGAAAGCUGCAGAUGUUGGGAUAUCGCUUUCUGAUGCUGAGGCAUCUGUGGCUGCACCAUUCACUAGUCGCCAAUUUGAUGUAUCCUGCGUGCCAACUUUGAUCAGAGAAGGGAGAGCCGCUCUAGUUACAAGCUUUUGUUGCUUCAAAUAUAUGAGUCUCUACUCUGCGAUUCAAUUUUCCACAGUCAGUUUCCUGUACACGUCAGCAUCAAACUUAGGUGAUUUUCAAUUUCUAUUCAUAGAUUUGGUACUCAUUUUACCAAUCGCAAUUUUUAUGGGAUGGACCGGCCCCUAUCCCGUACUUUCCAGAAAACGCCCAACUGCCGAUCUUGUCUCGCGAAAGGUGCUGACGCCAUUACUCGGCCAAAUUGUAAUUUGUAUACUGGUUCAACUUGUGGCCUACAAAGCCGUUCAGUCACAGCCAUGGUUCAAGCCCCCAGAGAUUGAUUUGGAUAAUAGUAAUAUUGAGAACUCUGAGAACACCGCCCUGUUCCUGGUCUCAUGCUUUCAGUACACGCUAGCAAGUGUUGUUCUCAGCGUGGGGCCUCCAUUCCGAAAGCCUAUGAGAUCAAAUAGAGCCUUCAUAUCUGUGGUUGUUGUAGACUUGAUCAUCUCAUGUUAUAUGCUCUUCAGGCCCUCUAGGUGGGUGGUGCAAAUUAUGCAGUUGACAUUUCUAUCAGGGAAUUUCGCUAUUUCGCUGCUUGCACUUGCCGUGGGCAGCUUCAUUUUCUCUUGCCUUGCGGAGCGUGCACUUUUCCCCAGUCUUGCUCGGGCCUUGGGGCGAGCUUACGUACUCUUACGGCCAGGCCAUCACAAAAAGCGCCGUCGAUACAAGGUGCUACUGGAGGAAAUGCAAGAGUAAAUGGCCC